GCAGUUCGUUGUCGGAGGUCGUAGGAGCAGGGCGUGCAUCUGGCCCAGGCCCUCUCCUGUUGUGUUUCUGUAGCAUUUUCUUUGUUAUUUUGCUUAGCCUUCUGUUCUUCCUAGACUUUGGAAGCGUGCAAGGACUUUCUUUAAUAAUAAUUGAUUGAAAGACCUUAUUCCUGAGGGCGUAGGUCAAGGUGGACUUUUAGCAGCCUCAGUCUGUCAGUCUUGGGUCGCCUUGCUGCACUACGCAUAUCAAUAUCAUACUUUUUAGUAUCCGGCUCCCCUUCGACUCAGUGCAUCAUGAAGUACAUCCCAGAUCUAUCACACCUGCACACAGCCGAGAAUACUGGCGCAGGACUGAAGCUUGGGAUAGUCAGACUUGGCAGAGCAGCAGGAAAGGUCAAGUUCUCGCUGCUCGAUGAGCGUGAUAUCAACCUGGUGCAGCAGUAUGCGUUCGAGGCGCGGCUGGAAAUCGAUCGGAACGGCAACGGCGCGGCGGUGUACGCCUGGUGCUUCGACAUCAACCGCGGCCGCAGCUCCGGACAGUUCGUGCACUCGAUGCUGUGGGAGCGCUACUGCGGCGGCGUGGCGCCCGGCUGGCGCAUCAUCCACAUGAACGGCAUCACGGUCGACAAUCGGAUCGAGAACCUGGCGCUGGUGCCGGACCGGCCGCGCGGCCAGGGCCCGCCCACGCCCGUCGAGCUGGAGGCCGAGCGUGAGACCCGCGAGCGUGACCGCGACCCGGCCACCUCCAUCUACUGGCGCGCCAUGCAGCAGCUGCCCGCCGAGAACGUCGAGAGCACCAGCACCAUCAUCCGCGUGCCGCUGGACGGCAUUGGUGACCUGAGCGAGGACGAGUGCAUCUACUUCGAGUGCCGCAACCCGCCCUGCACGCGCAUCGAACGAGAGCUGCGCGAAUUCAGCAUCUGCGGACGCUGUCAGACUGCCCGCUACUGCGGCACCUCCUGCCAGCAGCGCGACUGGCCCGUCCACAAGAAGUCCUGCCGCGAGCGCAAGCGCUUCAUGCUCGGUGAGCGGCCGCCGGAGCGCUAGGACCGCCUUGGUGCGGCGCGCCGCCCCUCUGCGGCCUGCGGGACGGUCCUCCGGCCGGUCCCCGAUCUCAGUCGCGGCGGCACCGCGCCGCCACCGCCGGCCGGCGCCGCCCGCUCAGCCCAAGACACGGCGCCGGCCGCGGAGUGGCGGCGGCGCGGUGCGGCCGCGCGCGACCCGCCGCAGAGGACGCCACCGAGCCGCCGAGCGCCGCAGCCAGCGGAGCACCGGACGGCGCGAAGUGGCUGGGCGUGGGGUGAACUGCCGAGCUGGAGCGAAUGGGGCGAGAGAUGGUGGAGACUGAGAGUCCGUGAGGGAAUUGGAGCCGCUGAUCAUUUCCCGUACCUCUGAGGAAUGGUCAUUCCGUUUAUGGGAGACCCUUGCAAGAGGUGAUGGGGGAGCAGCCUGGUAUCAGGAGAUGGAUAAAUCGACAGCCUCGCGGUGUAACGGCUGCGUUGUCAGCUAGGACAGUGUUGGUGAAAGGGACGCAUUCCCACCAUGCGGGCGAUCUGCCCCGCCGUCCGCGCGUGCUGUGUGGGGGUACCGCCAGGUAUCGGGCUCCAGUGUGGGCGACCCGCAGCUGGGGAGGCCGGCCGACCCGGGCCGUUGCUCCUCGGGAGGCGGCGGGGCGGCGGAGGGGCGCCCUCAGCCGCCAGCGCCGGGUGUAUGUAUGUGUGUGUGGCGUUGCAUAUAGGGCUCACGGGUGUGUGUAUUGUAUAGUGUGUGGGGCAUCAUGACAUUCCAUGCAUCGUGCGGCGCGUUUCACCGUUUUCCAUCGCUCUUGCCAUGACUGACCGACGCACGAACGCCUUCACCGGCACUGCUGCCUGCUCACCGCGAAUCGAAUCGAAUCGAUGCACAUCGGCGCGGUCGCACCGACCGCCCGGCCUGCCUAACCAGUGUCACGUGUGGGUGUUUUGUGUGCGCUGUAUACCUCAUUAAGCAUUCCCUGGUGGGGCCCAAAGAACGACAUAGGCAUAAGGAGGCUUUUCACUGCACAGGUGUGGAACACGGCAUCAAAGGGAGGCUGCGUGCAUAUUUAGGGUUUUGUGUGCUAUCUGUACAGUGUGCGUCUGUACACUGCCAAAGGCGAGCCUGCUCUCUGUUAAAGCUGCAGCGGAUGAUCGUCGAUACUUUCUGGCAUAUCUUGCACGCUGGCACAUUUGAAUGGCGAGUUCUAUUGAGAAUAUCGAUGGCUAAUGUGAAAAGCAUUCCACCGACGCGCAAGCUCAACGCUCUUUCUGUUGGCAUUACUAACGGGGCAACUGUUAUCCGACUGUGUACUGUUUAUCUGGCCGUUUGGGUGUGUUCCCAAUCGCGUGUAGCAGUGUGAAUUUGGCUCCAGUAUCCUUUGGGUGUGUUUUUGUGGAGGUAGAUCUCCGAGUACCACCGCCGUCGCGGAAAAGUUGCCUGCCGCGGGCCCUGGGAUAGCGCUGAGCUCACGCCGCGCUGCGUCGCUGCUCGUCUCGCCUGCGUCACUGCUCGCCUCGCCCGCGUCGAUCUCUGGCCGUGGUGCGGCGCCCUGGCCCGGCCGUCCGGCCGCGCGGCACACAUGCUCAAGUUCCGUGUGUCGCGCGGGCUGUCCGAGACGCCGGGCGGUGGUCGGUGGACGGCCCCGGCAGUGUCCGUGUGCGCCGAGGUGGUGGUAGACUAACGGCGCGGUGACCGGUGACGGACCGAAAUCCUCCGCCCUCCGUGGCCGGUGCCGACCCGCGGCGGCGCGCGCGGACUGCGGUCGGCCCGGUCCGCACACCGGCGCCUGUACAAACGAGAAACUCAGUGUGUGCUCUCUGUGUGCUGUAUGCGUGGGUGCGGUACGUAGGGGGCUCCGGGGGACGUCGGAAGGCGUCUCGGGUGACGCGCCCGACCCGACGACCGAGCCGAGCCGAUGUGUGAAUGACCUGAGUCCUCCUCUCUGCCGUUGUGCUUUCUUUUGUUUGUACUCGUGUACGCACUGGUUCCGAUGUGGGUGGUACAUUAUCUAGUCGACUAACCAAGGAUUCCCAGUUUUUACUAACAUUGUACAUGCAUCUACAAUAUAGGUAUUUAUAUGA